AGGGGUCCUUCAGGUAGGAGGUCCUGGGUGACUUUGGACGUCCGCUCCUGAUCUGCGCAGAUCCUGCUUAGUCCCCGACCUUGCAGGUUAAUUUUCUUUGCCCUCUAGGCUCGAGGCCUCUGUCGCUACCAUGCUUCGCCAGAUCAUCACGCAGGCCAAGAAGCAUCCUAGCUUGAUCCCCCUCUUUGUAUUUAUUGGUGCUGGAGGUACUGGAGCAGCACUGUAUGUCACACGCCUGGCAUUGUUCAAUCCAGAUGUCUGUUGGGACAGGAAGAAUAACCCAGAACCCUGGAAUAAACUGGGUCCCAAUGAUCAAUACAAGCACGUUGAGGAUCUCAUGUUGUCACUUGAGUGGCUCAGGUUGUUGCUGAUGCCUGGGUUCAUUCCUGGCCUGGGAACUUACACAUGCUGUGGGUGCGGCCAAAAGAAGAAAAAAAAAAAAAAGAAGAAUUAUGGUACUUGGCUAACCAAAGAAGGAUGAUAAUUGGUAUUUCUCUAUUCUGUGGGAGAUUCACCCUUGUAUUUAGUGGAGAUGGAAGAAAAACAUAAUUGAAAGCAUAUAUCAGAAGAAAUUCUUACUCACCCUGAAAUGGAAGAAUUGUUUAUAGAUUCUAACUAACAAAUUAUACUAACACUGCUCUUCUGAGCUGCAUUGAAUUAUUUUUACCUUACUAAAACCAUUGUUAAAGGCCUUGAAUUUUAGUGUCUUUGUUUGAAUGACGUUUAUAUUGUUAAAUAUUCCUAAUAAUUUUUACAAUAGAAAGCGGAAUAAAAAGUAA